GAGUUCACACCUCAUGUGAAAAACCACUCACCGUCUGAAAAACCUUUGUGCAGUCGCGAUAGGAGGUGUUGUAGGCUAAGGAAUCCACGACCGAAUGGUUUACGGGCACUGGUGUGAAUUUCUUUGUGGACGACUGUACCUAGGGCGCUGCUAAAAAAUCUGAGAUUUUCAAAGUGAAGUAGAGCCUUGUUUGUUUUCAUCCACGUAAAUGUGCGUUUUUCCCCACCAUGAAUGAGCUUGAAGACUACAGUCCCGCUACCGACACGACCCAGCCAGAAACUCCAGUCAAUUGUUCUGUAGGAGCUUCGACAUCUCGAGAGGAACUACACCGACCAGGAGACACAACAAGAACAACUUCAGCUGUUCGUCCGUCGGAUCGUAACACGUAUCGACCCAGCGGCAACAACAAGACGUCGCUUCAUUGGGUUUGGGACGCAGCGACAAACCGUUUUGUUCCAGUUCAAAAGCUGGCGCAACAGCAGAGGUCAAAAAUAUUGCUGAAACAGCAAGGGCCCCCGCGAGAAGCAGUAACGGAAGGAAAGAGUGCGGUUGGAGUUGUUGCCACGACAUCCGCCUCUGCAUCAAGUUCUGUGCCUGGCCGAAGAUCUUCCAAGAAGCAGGCCGGGCUGGAGUUUAUUUCGCAGCUUCAAAAAGAACAGCAGCAGCAGCACGAGCACGACAAGUUAUUUACGACCAAGAAGAACCUGGGCUACGAGAAAGGUUUUGAUCAGCCAGAACGCUUCGCUCCUGUAUUAUUUCGGACGAGCUCCGCUCAUAGCAACUACAGCGACGUGACGACUUUGCCCGGAGUACACGACCGCAGCUAUAACGAUUCGUCUUUCACAUCAUCAGCUCAAGAUCCUUCUUGGAGCAGGUCCUCCGCCGCGCGUGCGUCUGCAGCUGAAGGGAGUCGAGUUGGAGAAAACCAUUACCUGGAGAGGGAGACAAACGAUUUCUACGAGGGUAUUCUAGACCGAAGGUACGACCUUAGACAGGAAAAGUUACGAGAGGCGAAACUACAAGGAUUUCACAACUGUACUUCCACGUCGACCUUCUACCCGAAUAAGCCUUCGUCAGCCCGCCCCGCUGGUGAGCUGCACAAUUUGAAUAAUUCCACUGCGCCUGGUGAUCUGAGCCGUGGAGUUUCUCGUCGUCGUGGCUACUACAUAAGACAGAGCGACGGGUCAUACGCUUUUUUUCUUUGUGAAGACAACGAAGAUUUCGACUACAGUCCGCUGGAUAGAUCGGCACUGAACCACAAAACCAUCUCGUCGGUGGCACGGGACUACAAAAAUUACAACGGAGGAGGUCGGAGCUCCUUCGAGACCGCUACUAGAGAAAACCACUUCCCUGCACCCAGCACCACUGCUCGUCUUCGUGUGGACGAAACCACUUCCGACGACCACGACAAAAGCCAAUCAGAGCUACCCUUCGCCAACCAAUCGACACCCGUCAGCAGAAGACGCUUCUCGUCCAGACCCAGCCGCGCUGCGCCAACGCCAACGCCAACCCGAGAAGAGCUCGAGCUAGAACAUUAUCGUAUCGCAGCAGAACGCAGACGGCACCAGAGGGGCCGCACCACGACAGCAAACCAUAGAGACAGAACAGCAAUAAACAACAAUACGACCACCGCGAGUCAAAAUCACAAUCGGUUUCAUCACCUCCGUCGCAAUCGCACCACAGCCUACCGAGCAGGAGCGCGUCCUCCGACGAGGCAGGGCCGGAAUAAAGUGAAUAAAACCAACAUCACACGACAAGCGGUUAUUUUCGACCAGAAAAAGUACGAAAAUUUGACGACCCAGCAGUUUUUCUACCAGUUCACGAAGGAUUUCACCUACUGCUGCUACUUUUACAGCAUCGCGGCACUGAAGAUCUUACUGUACUGCAUCGUGCUGUUUCUGCUGGUGUUGAGCUUGAUCCCGCGGGGGUACUACUUGUACGUGUCUUUACUGGUUGUCAGUCUAGACAACGCCAGCACGGGCGGAUUUGAGUAUCACUGGGUGAAGCAGGCGAAAGACGAGUUUGUCGCGUCCGCGGGGGAAGAAAUAACCGGCGUGCCGCAAACCUACAAACCGUUCGGCGGAGACCUACUUGCCAAACCGCUCCUGCCCGUACCGGAAAUCGCGUUGACGUCGCGGUUGGAGGCGGCGGCCGGCUUGGGAAAAGAACACAGCAUCGACUUGCGACACCAAAACCCGUGCUUUCGGUUCGGAAAGUGGGUGCCGUGUGUGAGGAAUUAA